UGGAGGGGAGCCGAGCCGUGCACCGCGCUUUGUGCAGCGCUCCUGGCCCCAUUAUGGGCAACCGCGCGGGCCGGACCGACUUCGAGUGGGUCUACACCGACCAGCCGCACACGCAGCGGCGCAAAGAGAUGCUCGCCAAGUACCCGGCCAUCAAGGCGCUGAUGCGGCCGGACCCCCGGCUCAAGUGGGCGGUGCUGGGGCUGGUGCUGGCGCAGCUUCUGGCCUGCCGGCUGGCGCAGGGCCUAGCGUGGCGCUGGCUGCUCUUCUGGGCCUACGCGUUCGGCGGCUGCGUGAACCACUCGCUGACGCUCGCCAUCCACGACAUCUCGCACAACGCGGCCUUCGGGUCGGGCCGCGCGGCGCACAACCGCUGGCUCGCCGUGUUCGCCAACCUGCCGGUGGGCGUGCCCUACGCCGCCUCCUUCAAGAAGUACCACGUGGACCACCACCGCUACCUGGGCGGCCACGGGCUGGACGUGGACGUGCCCACGCGCCUGGAGGGCUGGCUUUUCUGCACGCCGGCCCGCAAGCUGCUCUGGCUGGCGCUGCAGCCCUUCUUCUACUCGCUGCGGCCGCUGUGCGUGCACCCCAAGGCCGUGACCCGCAUGGAGGUGCUCAACGCCCUGGUGCAGCUGGCCGCCGACGCCGCCAUCUUCGCGCUGUGGGGGCUCAAGCCCGUGGCCUACCUGCUGGCCAGCUCCCUGCUCGGCCUGGGCCUGCACCCCAUCUCGGGCCACUUUGUGGCCGAGCACUACAUGUUCCUCAAGGGCCACGAGACGUACUCCUACUACGGGCCGCUCAACUGGAUCACCUUCAACGUGGGCUACCACGUGGAGCACCACGACUUCCCCAGCAUCCCCGGCUGCAACCUGCCGCUGGUGCGCAAGAUCGCCCCUGAGUACUACGACCACCUGCCGCAGCACCACUCGUGGGUGAAGGUGCUCUGGGAUUUCGUGUUCGAGGACUCCCUGGGGCCCUUCGCUAGGGUGAAGCGGGUGUGCAAGCUGGCCGAGGACCGUCUGUGAGUCCCCGGCUGCCGGAGUGGACGGACCCCGCGCAACCCUGGUGGCGCCGCCCCACCUGCUCCCCUGCGCAGACCUGGCUGGCCCUGCCCGCCCCACCCCCAGCCCAGCACCGGAACUGGUUUGGCUGCAUUUGGUUCCCACGCCCUGGCUGCGCUGUGUCCCAGAGCCCAGGACCACGUCUGGCCACGGCAGGCACGGAGUGCAGCCUGGAGACCCCCGGCCGGGCCCUCCUCUUCUGGGCCUCCGGGAGAGAGGCCUGGCCCCGCCCUGGGGGCUCCGUGCCGCAGUCUCCAUGGAGGGGAUUUCUCUGCUGUUCCCAGAACCUAAAUUCGGCUCAGUGUUUGUUUCCACACCCGCAGAGUGCUUCCCAGCGGCGGUCAAGGCCCCAGCACCCCCACCCGCCGUGGGCCUCAGGCCUGCGUGCCUCCUUCCCGGCCAGCCUGGGACCACAGCACCCCUGCUCCCCGCCCUCAGGGACUAAGGCUCUCCACGCUUUGUGGUUAGGCAGUGUCCCCGGGGGUCCUGCCUUUGUGGGUGGCCUCUGCACGCCCCGGGGGGGGGUCCAUGGGGCCCCAAAGCCCCUCCUUAGCAGCCUGUCCUCCGCUCAGUCUCUGCUG